UCCAUUCUUGAACGUUCACCCUGGUAACGUUUCUCGAAAGUGUAACGCAAAAGAAAGAAAUGUACGGAAAUUGGUAGAAGACAAGCCAACUAGCUUGCUUAUAAGAGUUAGUUUUGGCAAGUGAAAUUACAGUAUAUUCCAACAGAAAUUACUGCCUAUGACGGAUGGUAUUUAUGUUAGGUGAGUUAACGGUAGUUGGCCAGCAAAUUACACGUACAGGGCGAAUGCAACGUAGCUAGCUAGCGUUACUCUAAUAAACAAACGUUAGAUGGUCCAACCUAGGCUAACGUUAGGUAGCUAUCUUACCGAUGUAUAACCACGUUACAAGACAUUAGCUAGCUAGCCAACGGUGUUACCAGACAUUUGGAUUAGCCAUGAAUAUGCUUGAUUUAAAAGAAAACAAAGGGAGAAUGCUGCUUUUCGGUUUUAUUAAUAGGCUUGAUAUAAUGUAAAAGGCAGCAAAGAGACAUAUGCUUUCACUGCUUCAUACUGCGGACUUUGAGUGGUUUGGUUAGACAAGAUAACGUUAGAAAUUUAUCUACCUUGGAUAACGAUGAGUAACUUGAAGCAGGUGUCAUACAAUAAUCAAGGUAAAACAACGGCAUCUCAAGGCGCUGGUCUCAGUGGGACAGGUGUCUUUUACCAAGCCAUGCCAGCUGUGGGAACUGAUGGGAGAAAUGUUAUGAAACUGAUCCCUGUCCAAAAAGUGAAUGGGCAGUUUGUUCGAUUACCAACAAAUACCAUAAAGGGCACUGAACAUCAAGGAGAUUUGACCUUAAAUCUGUCAUCAAUGUCAAAGGGUAAUACACCUACUUCGGGGUCCACAGCUAGAGGACAAUUUAGGAAUAAAUCGCCAACUCCUCAAAUCCUUAGUACCUCCCCAAAACCUCCCAGUCUGACAACCGGAAUAUAUCCUUCUGUGCGCAUCCACACUCCUAUAGUAACAUCAAAGUUAACCCAACAAACAGGACCCUUGACGUCACCUGAGCUGACCUGCAAGAAGACAUUAGGCGUAACACUUAAAAAACAGCUGCCAGUCACUGUGAAAUCCCCAGUGCUUCCAAAUGGACAGUAUCUUCAAAUUCCCCCUAAUGCUCAAGUCAAAACCCUCCCAGCAUCUGCACUCCCCCCAGCUAUAAAAAGACAGAUAUUUACUUCAUCAAUGACCUGUGUCUCAAAAUCACCAAUGGUUCUUUAUGUGUCCCCUGUCCAAACCAUGAAACAAGGUGGUACUCCACUGUGUUCAACAUCACAGAAGGCAGUCCUCUCCCUCAGCCGUAUCCAAGGGUCAUCUGGCCAGACGGUUUCUACAUGCUCAACACAGUGUUCAACGACUUCCAAGGAUAGCAGACCACCAGUCACUCCUAUUAAGUGGGUGAUUGAGGAGGCGGAUGGCUCACCUGCUCCAUGCCUUGUUCCUGUGAAAUCCACUUCAGUGACCUCAGAAAUUCUGAAAACUCUGGCAAAAAUGGAAAACGCCCAAAAAACUGGUGAAAACCCACCAAAAAUGUCUUUGUCUACCCAAGAGAGUGAGACAAAAAUUGGCCAAGCGAAGGACAAUGCCUUGGUGAUGUACAAUGGGAAGGUGUAUUUUGUGGCCAAAAAAACUCCUGAGCUUUGUAACCGACCCUCAGAACCUUUGGAGGGCAGUAGAAAUGUGGGUGAUUCCUCCACACAUACAACUGAAAGUCUUGGAUUCAACCAGAAAAUCUUACCACCCUCCAUACCACCAACCUCCUCAUUUGGAUCACAAUUGUCUAGUGCAACCAGACGAGACCCAAAUCACAUUGUCAUACCAGAUGACAUAAUUGACUUAUGUGACGAUGACCCCCAGGAUGAUCUCACAUGCCAGGCAGUAUCAACAAAGGACAUAACAGAGCAAUCUUUUACACGGUCUGAAGUUGAUGAGGAUGAAGACUCCAAUGUAAUAUUUGUAUCAUACCUUCCACCCAAAAAAGUCUCUAAAGUAGGGGAGGACAAAGUAGUGACUCAUAUGCUAGAUGACUUAGAAACCGAACAAGAAGUGUUCCAAUGUAAUUUGAAUAACCUGGUAGAGGACAGUCAGAACAAAGUAUCCGUUGUUUCAGCAGAAAGGUGUCGGAGCGUUGGCAAGGCACAAGAAAUUGCAGGCUGUCAAAGGACUGCAGCAGUUCAAGAAUUAAUCUCCCAUCAGCAAAACAUAAUUGCUACAGGACUAAAGAAUAUUAAAGGUGAUGCCACCAGCUUGGAAAGGGGAAGCAGUCAGCCCAGUGGCUCUAACCAAGAAAUGGUGAAUGUCCAGAGUGAUGCCACUGACCAGGGAAUUCGAAACAACAGUGCUGCCACACAAGAAAAUAUUCCUGGAAAUACCUCUCUUCAGCUAGAAAUGGAGGCACUCAAAGAAAAAAGCUCAUCAGACUUCAUCCACGAGCAGCGAAGAUCCAUGUUGAACCAGGACUCCCUGAAAACCUGUGAUCGCCUGCUGAAACAGAUGUUUGGGAUCAAAUCCGAUGUGAAAAUAUGUUUGGAGAGGGUUGAUGCUAAACCUUUGGCUAUCCCCAAGGUGUUUCCUUGGAUUGGAACAACAAACAAACGUACCAUAGAGGCUAUUCGCAAACUGUUACAGGGAUCCAAAAUCGUGGUAAAAAAAAGGGAACAUAAGGAAACAGAGCUUCAUGCAACUAAGAACAAUGAUAGUUUUGUAAAAGAUGCUAAAAUACAGAAAAUAGAAAAAGUUGAAAAAGCAUCUGAAAAUUUAGGAAAGUCCCUUAAUUGUCCUCAGUUGGACAUGCAGCUCCACUCUAGUCCAACUCCUCAGCUGGACAUGCAGAUCCUCAUCAGUCCAACUCCUCAGCUAGACCUGCAGGUCCUAACCAACCCAACUCCUCAGCAAGACAUGGAUGUCCUAACCAACCCAACUCCUCAGCAAGACAUGGAUGUCCUAACCAAUCCAGCUCCUCAGCAAGACAUGGAUGUCCUAACCAAUCCAGCUCCUCAGCAAGACAUGGAUGUCCUAAUCAAUCCAACUACUCAGCAAGACAUGGAUGUCCUAAUCAAUCCAACUCCUCAGCAAGACAUGGAUGUCCUAACCAAUCCAACUCCACAGCAAGACAUGGAUGUCCUAACCAAUCCAACUCCACAGCAAGACAUGGAUGUCCUAACUAAUCCAGCUCCACAGCUGGAGAGGCAGCACCUCACCAGUAUGAGUCCCCAGUUGGACAUGUUAUCUGAUGCUGAACAGAUAUUUGGCUAUGAGGAACCAACGGUCAGUGAAUUAAUUUCCAACACAAUCAAAGAGGUCUCUUCCAAACCUCUAACAGAUCACCAUCCAGUUCAUAUUUCAAAAAGAAGCUCAAACACACCGGUUCCAUCUAUCCACACAGAAACAAACAUUGAAGCUAUGGAUUCUCUGCCUGGGCUCUGCUGUAGCACAGCAAAUAAUAUUAAGACAAACUCUAGAAGAAGGGGAAAAGGGAGAAGAUGCACAGCGUGUCCAUGUGGGGUGAUUGGAACACUAGUGCCAGAAAAAGCAAUGUGCUCAUUAUCCACUUCACAUGAGGAUCCUGGUUCAUUUAAACCAGUGAAACAAAAGGGUAGGAAGUCCAUAAAGUUUCAAAUAGAAGAUAAAGAGUCACCAUCUGUGGAAGUGCAGUUUCCUUCAACUGUUACUAAGCAUGGAAGUAGUACAGCUGGAGAGAUCCCAAUGAAUUACUUCUGCUCUGCAGCACCCAUGGACCCUGAAGAAAUCAAGCGAUAUGAGAAAAUCAAACGACUGAAAGAGCUCUUGAAGGAGAAGGAGGCUGCUCUCGCCAUGAUUAGGAAGAACAUGGGCUAAGCUGAAGAGGAUUAAGUCCCUUUCCAAAUUCCAAUAUGUAUUGCAAAACUCCAGGCUUGUAGUACGCAGAUUUUUUUAGAUUAAUAUUCACAUUAUUUAAGGUCUAUUCCUUGCAAGGACAUUCCAAAAGGCAACAAUUUCAGGAAUAAGAUUUAUGGCGAGGGCUUUUUGUAGCAGACCAGGGCACUGAAAAUAUGUUGAUACCUUGGCUAAGCAUCUUUUUAGAAAAUAUUUGUAAAAUGUUUGUGUUUUUGUAUUUCUGCCUUUCCCACUUAUGCUCCUAGGUUUUCUAUAGUUUCUGCAAAGAUGGAACAUAAUUCUAUCCACAAACAGCAUGCAGAUUCUUGAUGACUCCCUUGAAAGUAAUUUAUUUAUAGUGGGCUUAUUUAAUAUAUACAUUUGGUUUGGUAUGCAUAUGUGUUUUUCUGUUUACAAAUCAAAAUACUGUAAAUAAAAAUAAUAAUAC